GGGCUGGCCGUCGUGGAGGCCGCGGCCGACGACGGCGAGGAGUGCUUUUCGUCGGCGAGCAUCGUGGGCGCCGUGAUCGGCACCACGGUCGUGCUGCUGGGCCUGGAGGUCGGCGCCUACGUGCUGUGGAGGCUCUACUGGCGCAGUCGCAGAGGACAACACCUCGUCCUGGUUACGGACCCGGAGAAGGGGGGCGAGUACGCCUUCGAUAACCCUUGCUUCAAAGAUGCAACUCCGGUCUCCAAAGCUGUACUCGAGUCCAAGGACCCCUCCAAGAUGGAGCAGAAAAACAAAUGGACGGCGUGGGGUGGACUCGGUGCCAUCAGAAACAACCUGGGAGGCCUGCAGGGGGAGAAGCGCAGGGCGAUGGACGACUCGUUCCCUACCGAGCCGCAGGUGACGCAGGUGUCGCUGCGCAGCCACGACUUCACCGGCCUGGGCUUCAACAUCUGCGGCAACAUGCGGGACGGCAUCUUCGUCAAGGACGUGCUGCACCGCGGACCCGCAUCCGAGUCCGGCCUCAUCUUCCCCGGGGACCGCAUCCACGGCAUCCGCAUCAGCCUGUCGCACAUGGUGUUCGAGGACGCGCUCACCAUCCUGUCGUACGCCUCGCCGUACGAGGUGACCCUGGAGGUGGAGACGGGCACGGCGGGAGCGUCGUCGCGGCCCUCGUCCCUCCUGCGGCGCGACCGCGAGCACGAGAAGGAGAAGGAGGCCCUGGCCCAGGUGGGGCUCGCGCCCGCUGACCGCAUCGUGCACCCGUUCUACCGCAGCCAGUCCAUCGCGGACCUCGCGCAGAUCGGCAAGGGCAAGCGCGCGCACGCCAUCGACGCAUCCCCGGCGCGCAGCGAGACCCCCAACGAGUACCCGACGCUGAAGCUGCACACGAGCACGCCGCACGCGCCCGGCCAGCAGCGUCUCGAGCUCGCGCGGCACGAGCAGAGCACGGCCGUGCUCGCGCCGUCCAGCAGCGUGCUCGCCGUCAAGCCCGAGCGCAGCGUGCACAAGCUGGGCGUGCGCGUUCUGCCGGCGCAGACCUCCCCGCAGGCGCACCCCGAGCAGCAGAACGUCCACAACGCCUACCUGGAGCGCGGCAUCGACGUCCCCGACGGCUACAACCCCUACUCCAGCACCGCCGCGCCCGGCUUCCACGACGUGGACCUCGGCUCUGCCUCGCCCGAGGAACAGCACAAGGUCGGCGUGGUCGCCAAGGAGGUCAAGACCAAGAUCAGCAAGGGCUUCCACAGCCUGCUGCACUCCUUGGACAGAAAGAAGUCCCCGCCGCCGACCCCGACCGCAGCUCAGACAUCGGCCCCGGCCCCAGCCCCGGCCCCUGCCCAGGCCGUGGUGGAGGCCAGCCCAGUCAUGUCCACCGCGUCCCUCCAGCAGGCCCCGGUGAUGCGCGAGGCCGUGCGCGUCGCCCCCGCCGAGGCGGAGCAGGUGCUCACCAGGAAGCCCAGCGGCCGAGGCAUCCCGACUGAGAUCCCAGAGGAGGUCCGCCUGGCCGCUAUGGCCGCGAGGAACAACCGCAAGUCCCUCGGUGCGCUAUCCAUCGAGGUCGUUGAGUCCGCGGAGAUGGACAACCGCGCCUCGUCCCGGAACAGCUCGAGCAGCGGCGAGCAGAAACAGCAGGUCAAGCGGAAGGGCAUCGCGCCCAGGCCACCCUCCGCCCCGGCGACUCCAACGGCCAGGGACGGCGUCGCGACGCCGUCACCCGCGCCGGCAGAGGCCUUCGCGGCUCUAGUCAACGGCGAGGACGCCCUGCAGUCCCUGCCCAUGCCGUCGGACAGCGACUCCGAGGCGGACGGCCCCAACUCGCGCGGUAUGGCAGUCGCGCCGAUCGCCGGACCCCGCACCACGAUCGAGCUCACGGCCUCGCACGUCACUGUCCACCACAGCCACGGCCUCGACGAGGAGAUGACGAGGAAGGCGGCCUCGCUCGGCGACCUGUCCCGCAUCGAGGACCAGCUCAGCGGCGGCGCCGUGCUGGAGAGGGCCGUGUCCCUCGACCUGGACGCGCCCUCCGCCAAGAAGCGAAAGGCGCCGACUGCCCCCUCGGGCGCGUCCGAGGCUGACGAGGACGAGGACCUGUCCUUGGACGCGAUGGACGAGGCCUUCGGUGGUUCGCACUACGGCGCCUCGGCGAGGAAAGAACCCCGCCUGGACGGAGGACUCAACACUUUCGAGCGGAGUCGCCUGAAGAAGUCCUCCGACUGGGGCACCUUAGAGGAGGCCCUCAUCGCUUCCGACAACGACCAGGUGCGAGUCCUCACCACGGCCCCCACGGUGGCCGAGGUCAUCCCCAAGGGAGAACUGAAGAGCUCUUUCUUCGUCGGUACAAAGUUCGGCGAGGUGACGGUCCAGGACGACCAGCCGUUCAGCUUCACGGCCUCCUCCAUGGAGCCCCUGAGCAUAGAGGUCCGCGGCGAGCCCUACGACGCCGAUGCCCACGAGACCUCCACAACCGCGCCCGCCACACCGGUCAGCACCACCGAGCGCGACAGGGUGCUGUGGUCCGUGCCGGGAGAGGACGGCGCGUCCAGGAUCAGCGUCAACUCCAGCUCGUCCUCGUCGGCGGGGGAGGGGAACGAAUCCGUCACCGUCCGCAGCAUGUCGUCCACCCUAGCGGACUUCACCGAGUCCUCCAUCAUUGUCAACCCACCCAGCCCGGCGGGCUCGCCCAUCGCAGUCAGCCAGUCCAUCAUCGUGCAACCACCCAGCUCGACCUCAGACACCGCCUGCCUUGUCAGCGUGAACGCCCCCGUCCCGACAUCCUCGACUGUGGACUUCUCCGGGCCCGUCAGCGUGGUCGCGACCAGCAAUGUGGGGCCCGCGGACACCGCAGUGUCGGGCCCCAGCUCGCUGAACGCCCACCACAUGGUCAGCUCCACCCCGAUGAGACCAGACGCGGCUACCAUCUCUGCCCUCCAGUCGCCGAUCAUCACCUCUAGCGAUCUCCACCGGUCCUCCAUCCAGACGGGCUUCAUCUCGACGACGCAACUCAACUCUCUAGAGGACGCCGCCGACGCCGCCUUCCUCACGGCGGUCGACUCGUCCACAAUGAUGCACGACGCCGAGGACGACGAUGUGGACGACCUCAUGUCCACGCCGUCGCCCCCGCUGCCCACAUCGCCGGUGCCAGUCAGCUCGCCGUCGUCCCUCACGUACAUCACUGAGAUCCAGGUCACGACGCCGGACUCGUCCUCCAAAGUCCUAAACGGCUUUUCCUCACCGGCAGGUAGCCCGGUGCCUAGUCCGAUGUCCAGCCCCGCGCCCAGCCCACGGAGUCCUAGUCCGCCGUACGCCGUACCGCUGCCCGCCGAGGAACCCUCCGCAGCAGACGCGGCCGCGCCCACCCCCGUCACGCCGCCACCCACGCCUGCGGCGUCCAAGAUGAACGGCGACGCGCAGGACGCGUCGAUCCCGCAGGCCGCGACUUCUCAGGCGACGACCCCCAAGUCCGGCAGGAACGUGAGCGUCACCUCCAUCCAGGGCUCCAGGAUCCCGGUGCGCGCGGCGAGCCACAGCCCAGAAGACAGAGGCUCGCGGGCGUCCGUCGGGAGCCCCGCGGGGGCCUCUGCCGCCAGCGGCUCCCCUGUCCGGCCCCCGGUGCCCGCGAGGCGCUCCACCGACCUCACGCCACGCAAGGCCAACGGCGUGCAGGUCGUCAACGCGCACCCAGCCGAGAGCUCGACAUGAGGUGGCACAAUGUUGCCACCGUUGGGAAAUGUCGGGGCAGUGCCGGUUCUAUUAUUAAUCCGCUAAAAUGCUAUGACGAGCGUUCAUCCCAGGCGCCUGCCCAUCCGAUGGACCCCGCGCGUCACACGAACCCGUUACGGCUUACGGCCGCCGCGGCGCCGCUGCCUCCUCGCGGGCCCCGCCGCUCCAGUGCCAUCCUGUUUCACACGGCGGGGCGCGGCUCGACGCGAUGGGGACGCGAUUGGCGAUUGGUUUACUUUGAAUACCGGCUCGUCGUGGACCCGCAUCCACCGAUUUCUUUGCCUCGUGAGCGAAGCGCUUUUGCCAUUCGAAGGCAAGUGAGAAACAUUCUAGGAAUGGUGGAAUGUUUAAUUCAAUCAGGACAUUGCAAUUGGUCUUUGCAAUAAUUCCUAAGUGGGGUGAACGCAAGCACCUUCUUAGAGCUCAACUGUUUUAUAAAGUAGUACAUAGAUAGAGGGCUGCUAUCCAGCUAAGAGUGAUAUUGUAUUUUCGUCAGGAGCUUUACUGCUGACACAUGGCAGAGGCAGAAGUCAUUUUUUUUCUUCUAACGUGCUACAAUUCAAUCUAAAAUAUUCUAUUUUUUGGCACCAGGGACUUGUGUUUAUGUUUAAGUGUUUUCUUUGUUGUUGGUCGAAUGAUUUGUAUAUAAGAUGUAAAAUACGUACUUGUACAGUCUUAUAUUUUUAUUAUUAUUGUUAUUUUUAGUUAUCCAGUAGAGAUUUCUGUUAUUGUUGAGUGCCACCGUUGUAUUUUACCUUAGUAAGGUUGAAAGCAAUGUUAAAGGUACUCGCUUCAAGCAAUGAAUUUUCAUUUUAACACCAUGUUUUCUAUUGUGUUUUGCAUAACACAACAUACUGUGCCAUGUUUUGCAUGUAGGAUUACAUAUUGUUUCAGUAUUAUAGAGAUGCAUUUUUGUGUUUCUUUUUCAUGGCCUGUUUUAACAGUUUAAUGAAAUUUAUUUAUUAUGUUAAGCAUUGUAGUUAACUUUGACUUCGCAUCUGAAAAAAAAAAUGAUAUUUAUCCUCCGAAAUUUUCACGCAGGGGUGGCUUUAUCCAUUAAUUACUCCACCAGUCCUAUUGUCUCUUCAUAAAAUUUGUUACAUUAUAGCUGACUGAUUAUGUGUACGUGACUGCUAUGGAAGCAAUUUUGAUCAUAUGUAUGGUUUUUGUGUAUGAAAUAUUAGUUAGUCAUUUUACUAGUACAUUACCGUUAAUGAGAACUAGCAGGUUUGAUUGUCAUUGUCCGCAUUUAUUUAUGUAUCAAACUAUACCACCACAAAAUGUGCAAUAAUUUAGUGUAGACCGAAGAUAUAAUUAACCUUUUCCUUGAUCUUUCGAUCUUACCAUAUUAAAAAUCUUACUAUAGUACCCUGUCAUGAAUUUAUGGAGCAAAUUCUUCUUUAACACAUUUUAAAUUGUCAAUUUUUACUAUUGUUUUUAUCUUAAAGUCUAUUUUUACAAAGGGAUUUGUAUUCAAAAAAUUGUAUAUUUGUGCCAUGCAUGAAACUUUUGUGAUACCUAGUGGAAGAUUGAAACACUCCUGGACAGGAAGGAUAUAUUCCAUGUUUUAAAGGAGGACCAGUGCAAAAUAAAACAGGAAGAUCAACUGAUGUUACUUGUACAACGAAAAAUAAAAAAUUGUUACUGACA